CGACAGCUGCGAUGUUGGGAAGGCCCUCGAGUCCUGAAGAGCGCACGCGCGAGCGCGCUCCUGCGUCCCCGGAGCCGGCUGGGUGUUCGGCGCAUGCGCGCGGCGUGCGUGCCGCUCCGCCGACUCGAGAGGCCGGACAUGACACCUGUAGCACAGCAAGGUCAUGGGGUCUCAGCAUUCCGCGGCCGCUCGCCCCGCCUCCUGCAGGCAAAAGCAAGAAGAUGACACGGAGGAUUUGCUGGCUGAACGAGAGCAGGAGGAAGCCAUUGCCCAGUUCCCAUACGUGGAAUUCACGGGGAGAGAUAGCAUCACCUGUCUUACCUGCCAGGGGACAGGAUACAUUCCAACAGAGCAAGUAAAUGAGUUGGUGGCUUUGAUCCCACACAGUGAUCAGAGAUUGCGGCCUCAGCGAACGAAGCAGUACGUCCUCCUGUCCGUCCUGCUUUGUCUCCUGGCGUCUGGUUUGGUGGUUUUCUUCCUGUUUCCACAUUCGGUCCUUGUGGAUGAUGACGGCAUCAAAGUGGUGAAAGUCACAUUUAACAAACAAGACUCCCUUGUCGUUCUCACCAUCACGGCCACCCUGAAAAUCAGGAACUCCAACUUCUACCCCGUGGCAGUGACCAGCCUGUCCAGCCAGAUUCAGUACAUGAACACAGUGGUCGGUACAUAUGUGACUACCAACGUCUCCCUCAUUCCACCUCGGAGUGAGCAACUGGUGAAUUUUACCGGGAAGGCUGAGAUGGGAGGACCGUUUUCCUAUGUGUACUUCUUCUGCACGGUUCCUGACAUCCUGGUGCACAACAUCGUGAUCUUCAUGCGAACUUCAGUGAAGAUUUCAUACAUUGGCCUCAUGACCCAGAGCUCUCUGGAGACACAUCACUAUGUGGAUUGUGGAGGAAAUUCCACAGCUAUUUAACAACUGCUGCUGGUUCUUCCACAGCACCUGCAGAAGAGAGCACAGCAUCUGUUUCCAAGGCCCGAGUUCCAUACCUACCCCCAGGUGGUGUAAGCAGAGGAGGAAUUGGUUCACUUAGCUCCCAGCAAGCAUCCUCCUGCCACUUGGGAGGAAACACCUCUCUAUGGUACCAUUUAUGUUUCUCAGAACCAGCAGAAUCACUGCCCAGUGCCUAGCCUGUGCCCAGCAAAUAGUUGGCGCUCAGUAAAGGUUUCCAGAAUUUAAUACGGAUCUUUUCAGCUGUUCUUAGGGCAUUAUAAAUGGGAACCAUAACUUGGUUCUCCAUUGAUUGGGGCCUGGUUAUCAAACCAUGGAGUGACCUGGAGCUAGGACUGAGUGACCUGCAGGCCAUUAUCAGUGCCUCACCUGUGCAGAAGUGGUGGCAGAAAGGGACCAUCUGAAUACCUAAGAGAAAACAGACCCAUUGAAGGUGUGAAUUUGUUCCAUCUGUUCCCAGAGGCCUGGGAGCUUUUCAAAAGGAAAGAAAAUCGUGUGUUGGCUUUUUUUUUUUUUUUUUGUAGAAAGUUAGAAUUGUUUUUACCAAGAGUCUAUAUGGGCUUGAUUCACCCUUCAUCCAUUGUUUGGAACAUGGAUUGGGGAUUUGAUAGAAAAAUAAACCCUGCUUUUGAUUCA